AUCUAGCAUAACAUAUUUAUUAUAUUAAAUUAGUUAGUCACAUUAAAAUAACGAAAAUUUUUAAGUUAUAAACGAUGAUUGGGUUACAUAACCUCGUUAAAAAUAAUGAAAUUCUGUUGUUCAAUUUUAAAAAAUGUUAACUUUUUUGCCAGGCAACCAGUAAAGAUAAGGAAUUUUAAUAAAUUUAGUGUUAGUACAAUAAAUCAAAAUAUAAAUCGAUGUGAUAAAAAAUCAAUUGAAGUUAUGAAGGUAUUAAAUGUCGCUGAAAAAAAUGAUGCUGCGAAAAAUAUUGCUGCUCAUUUGGCCAGAGGAACCAGUAAACGGAGAGAAGGAUUAUCAAAGUUUAAUAAAAUUUACGAAUUUAAAUUACGAUUAUGGAAUAAAGAUUGUCAAAUGAUAAUGACCUCAGUUUCUGGUCAUUUAAUGACUUAUGAAUUUGUUGGUGCAUACAGAUCUUGGCAGAGCUGUCAUCCUUUAAGUUUAUUUGAUGCUCCGGUUAUUAAAAAUUGCGCUGAUGAUAAUUAUGUUAAAAUAAAAAAAACAAUCGAACGAGAAGUUAGAGAUUGUAGUGCCUUAAUUAUAUGGACUGAUUGUGAUAGAGAAGGUGAAAAUAUUGGAUUUGAAAUAAUACAAGUUUGUCAAGGAAUUAAACCAAACAUAAAAGUCUACAGAGCAAUAUUUUCAGAGAUUACGGCGGCUUCUGUCACGAGAGCUGUUCAUAAUUUGGCUGAACCUAAUAAAGCACUAAAUGACGCUGUUAACGUCAGAAGUGAAUUGGAUUUAAGAAUAGGAGCGGCGUUUACUAGAUUUCAAACACUUAGAUUACAAAAAGUAUUUCCACAGAGUCUAGCACAAAUGCUGAUAAGUUAUGGAAGUUGUCAAUUUCCAACUCUUGGUUUUGUUGUUGAACGAUUUUUAGCGAUUGAAAAUUUUAAAUCUGAACCGUACUGGAAGAUAAAAGUUGUUGAUGAUCAUGAUGGAAUUUAUACAGAAUUUCGUUGGGCAAGAUACAGACUUUUUGAAGAAUUACCUUGUCAAGUAUAUUUGGACAUAUGUUUAGAAAAUCCAGAUGCAACUGUCGAAAAUGUUAACAGUAAACCAAAAAGCAAAUAUCGUCCGUUACCAUUAGAUACUAUUGAACUUGAAAAGCAAGGUUCAAAAAAAUUAAAAUUAACUGCCAAGGAGACUAUGAAGAUUGCUGAAAAAUUGUAUACUCAAGGUUUUAUAAGUUACCCACGUACAGAAACAAAUAUAUUUCCAAAAGAAUUAAAUUUAAAAUCAUUGGUAGAACAACAAGUUAAUCAUCAACAGUGGGGUCAAUUUGCUCAACGUGUAUUAGAGGAAGGUGUAACACCUCGUCAAGGUAAAAAAAGUGAUCAAGCUCAUCCACCGAUUCAUCCCACAAAGUAUGCUGAUAAUCUUCAAGGGAAUGAAGCUCGUGUUUAUGAAUUUAUUGUACGUCAUUAUUUGGCUUGUGUGUCAAAAAAUGCUGAGGGUUACGAAACAACUGUUGAUAUUGAUAUAGCUGGUGAAAAAUUUUCAGCAAAUGGAUUACAAAUAAUAGCUAAAAAUUAUUUAGAAGUUUAUAUUUAUGAAAAAUGGAAUUCUAAAGAAAUUCAUAUUUAUGAACCUCGUCAAGUAUUUCGACCAACUACUAUAGAAAUGGUUGGUGAACAAACAUCACCACCAAAUUUAUUAACAGAAGCUGAUUUAAUUUCAUUAAUGGAUAAACAUGGAAUUGGUACUGAUGCAACACACGCUGAACACAUUGAAACAAUUAAAUCACGUCAGUAUGUUGGUAUGAGAGAUAAAGAACAUAUUAUGCCUGGUAAAUUAGGUAUUGGUUUAGUUAUGGGUUACGAUAAUAUGGGAUUUCAAAUGUCAAAACCAUAUUUAAGAUCUGAAUUAGAAAAUGAUUUAAAGCUUAUAUGUGAUGGCGUUAAAAAUCCACAACAAGUACUUGAAACUCAAAUAAGUAAAUACCGUAGAGUUUUUAAAGCAGCAUUGGAACGUGCUAAUUUAUUAGAUACUGCUCUUGCUGAAUAUAUUGAUGAACGUCCUUCAGCAGUUGCUGAUUUAGAAAUAAAUAUUCCACCAGAGGAUCCGGUAUUUUUAAAAUGUCCAAAAUGUGGUUUAAAUAUGACAUUAAAAGAUCGUAAACAGACCGGUGGAAAAUAUAUAGGUUGUAUGGGAUUCCCUGCUUGUAAUAAUGCUAUUUGGUUUCCAACCGCUGUUACAGAUGUUAUUAUUUCUGAUAAUAUUUGUCAUAUUUGUUCUGGUAAUUUAAAAAAAAUGAAAUUUAAACUUAGACCAGGCGCUUUUCCAAUUUUCGGAUCAUCUUACGAGACUUGUAUCGGUGGUUGUGAUAAUACAUUCAAUGAAACUAUGAAUAUUAAUUUAAGUUCUGUACGAAGAGGUGCUCAAUCAUCAGACAGUGGUUAUACAAGUAAUAAUAAUUCAACAUCUUCACAAAGUUAUAGAAAUUCACAGGCAUCAAAUCUUACAAGUAGAAGUAAUAAUAACAAUAUAAAUACUUCUGGUGGACGAGGUGCAAGCGCAUCUUCCAAUUCAUCCAUUGGGUUAGUUGGAUUUCAAAAUAAUAGCAAUAAUAUCAGACCAAGUACAUUCAAUAAUCGUGAUAAUCCUGGAAGAGGUAGUAGUAAUAAUUAUUCAAAUAGAAAUAAUAAUACCAAAAGAAAUAAUAACCAUUGGCCUGAUGAUUUUCCUGAUACAAAACGUCCUAAGAUAACUAAAACACCAACAGGUAUGAAUUCAUCAAGUAUAGAUGAUACUGAAUCAUACAGUUGUAAUUGUCAUCAACCAGCUAUUAAAUUGACCGUUAAAAAAGAUGGACCAAACAAAGGGAGGCAAUUUUAUAAAUGUGCUAAACCUCAAGACAGUUCAUGUGGUUUUUUUCUAUGGGCAACAGAUGGUCCUGUUACUAAUGAAUCUGUAUUUUCACCGCCACCUCCGCCACCACAACGAAAUCGUAAUUUCGGUAAUAAUCAAAUGAGACCACCAAAUAAUUCAAAUACUACAGCAGGUAAAUUCAAUUCAUCUCAUGGUAGUAACGAUGGUAACGACGAUGUUAUUUGUGUUUGUGGUCAACCAGCCCGCAAAUUGACUGUAAGAAAAGACGGUCCGAAUAAAGGUAGAGAAUUUUAUUCAUGUCCUCAAGGAAAUUCAAGCAAUUGUAAUUUCUUUGAAUGGGCAAGCAACAAUUCAGGUGGAAAUAAUGAUACAGACAAUGAAUGGGGUAGUAGUAGUAGUAGUAGUAGUUAUAGUACAUCGUCUAGAGGACGAAGUUGCGGCUCAAGAGGACAGAGACGUGACAGUAAAUCAAAGACAACUGGUGGAAAACGAAAAUGCGGCAUUUGUGGUGUUGAAGGCCAUACAAGAAAAACAUGUCCAGAAAAUGCAAUGGAUUAAACAAACAACAACAACAAAACGUGUGAUUAUUGUAAAUAAAAAUAGAUGUAUUAUAAUUUGUAAAUUACUAUCAUAAAUCGCGCUACAUUAAGGUAACUUUUUAUAGACUAUACAUAUCGAUAGUUAUUACGAAUUAUUCAAAAUAUUAAAUUGACAAACAUUGUUGAAAAUAUUUUUACAAAAUCGUUCAGUCAAGUUUAAUAUUAAAUUUAUAACCGUUUAUUAUAAGAUAUUUUAUUUUUUAAGUUUUCAACGUGGUCUUUGUUUAAUUGUACUUGAGCGGUAGUUUCUGUUAACUGAAAGAUAAAAUUAUUCAUUCGAUCAAAUAAUGUU